AUGGCGUCUUCAAGAAACACCAAAAUAACAGACUCGUUACUCAUGCCCACCAGAGUCACUAGAUCAUCUGCUCGUCAAGCCGCGAGCCGGACCGCCUCGUCCACCACAUCGGCUCUCGGUGCUGACCCUCCUCCAACUGCCAGCUCGGCCUUGGACAAUCAUCCCCCGGCCGAGAACCAACAGACUCCGUCUUCGAGGAAACGGAAAGCAGCGCCGCAGGGACCUAGCCCGAACCAGGCCGCCCUUCCAACUGCCCCAUCAUCCGCUCGACGCUCCAAGCGACAGAAGACGACCGAUACAGCAGCCCCCCCGCCUUCGCAACCCGCAGACCAGGCCUCAACCGUGGCGAAAAAUCGGAGGAAGGGCAAGGCUCCAGCUAAUAUGUCGAGUCCAGGAAACUCGGGAGCUGUCGGCGCUUCGGAAAACGUUCCUUCUUCGGGGUCGUCUAGUCGCAGGUCGAGUCGUGGCAAAAGAUCUGGCCAGCGCGAUAGUCAAGAGUCUUUGCCUAGUUCCUCCACUCUUUAUCGCCAGCGAAAGCGAACAGCGAGAACAAACAACCCUGCGGAGCAGGAUACUACCAUGACGGGCACCGAUGAUGCCGCCGAAAAGGAGGCCGUCCCACCACCACCACCACCCCCUCCGGGACACCGCUCGGACCAUGAUGAUAGUGAUGAACACGAUGAGGAUGAAUCCGGCCGAUACGAUGAAGACGAAGAUGAUGAUGACCCUUUUGGUGGCUUCGGAGGCGCCGGCGGACCUGGUUCCGGCCUAUCUAGUACCCUGAGAGCCCUGACUGGCAUGAUGUCGUCGGGCAUCUCUUCUCGCCUUCGAGGAUUGCUGUCCAAUUUGCGACAGAAGGAUGAUCCCACCAUGCAGCUGGUUGCUCUGCAAGAAUUGUCCGAGAUUCUGUUGGUGUCCAACGAAGAUAACCUCUCAGGCCACUUUUCCCCGGACUCUUUCGUCAAGGAGCUGGUGACUCUCAUGCAGCCAAACGAGCUGACGGGCGAAGAGAACCCCGAGAUCAUGCUGCUCGCGUGUCGCUGCUUGGCCAACCUAAUGGAAGCUUUACCUGCUAGCGUCGCGAAUGUCGUAUACGGCGGUGCCGUCCCCGUUCUCUGCCAGAAGCUGCUUGAAAUCUCCUUCAUUGAUCUGGCCGAGCAGGCCCUUAGCACACUAGAGAAGAUCUCGGCCGAGUAUCCGUCCACCAUUGUCCGCGAAGGAGGUCUGACGGCUUGUCUGUCCUACCUGGAUUUCUUUGCUACGAGCACCCAGAGAACCGCCGUGACCACGGCAGCAAACUGCUGUCGCAACAUCCCCGAAGACUCCUUCCCCGUGAUUAAGGAUGUUAUGCCGACGCUGCUGAAUGUCCUCGGCAGCAACGACCAGCGGGUUGUCGAGCAGGCCUCGAUUUGCGUGUCGGGUAUCGUCGAGAGCUUCAAGUACCAGCCGUCGAAACUUGAAGAACUCGUCAGUGUCGACCUGCUCAAGGCUGUUCUGCGCCUCCUUGUGCCCGGUACCACCAACCUCAUCGGGCCCAACAUUCACACGCAGUUCUUGCGCGUCUUGGCAUUCACCGCCCGGUCCAGUCCCCGCCUAUCGGCCGAGCUGUUCAAGCUCAACAUUGUCGAGACGCUCUACCAGAUUCUAACAGGCGUCUCCCCACCCAGCGGCACGGACGACCUCGCGUCCCGGCUGGAUAGCGUUGUCAUCAUGCAAGCCCUCAUUCACCGUCCGCGAGAUCAGGUCAUUGAGACCCUCAAUGUCAUCUGCGAGCUGCUUCCCAACCUGCCCCACGAUGCCGACCCGGCUUGUGGGGACUUCAUCGCGCUAGGUGCAGGCGAGCCCAUCACCCCUACGUCUACUACCCCUGGCAGGGCUAGAAAGUCGCCCAACGACAAACGUAUCGAGCUCCUCGCCGAGUGCCAGGACGAAGUUCGGCGAUUCGCCCUCAUCCUCUUUCCAACUCUGACAGAUGCCUUCUCGAGCACUGUCAAUCUCAACGUGCGGCAAAAGGUGCUCACUGCGCAGCUCAAGAUGCUCUCCAACCUUGAUGCGGAGAUCCUCGGCGAAGCUCUUCGCACUGUCCCCUAUGCCUCAUUCCUCGCGUCCAUAUUAUCCCAACAGGAUCAUCCGUCUCUUGUCAUGCUGGCUUUGCAGGCAACGGAACUUCUGCUGAGCCGUCUGGACGAUGUUUACCAAUAUCAAUUCUAUCGGGAAGGCGUCAUUGCGCAGAUUACCAAGCUCGCCUCCCAGGAGUUUCCCCAACCGCCGCCGGAGAAAGUCAAGACAUCGAGCGAUGAGACUCCUGAGGCCUCUGACCAACGGGAAUUGGAAGGGUCCGAUAGUCGGCAUGAUGGUGAAAAGGAGCACUCGGAUGACGGGGAAGACGAGGAGGAGCGCGACGAAUCCGAGCGCGACGAAGACGAGGAAGACGACGCUGACCGGGACGACGAGGAAGAUGAGGACGAUCACCAACAACACGACCAGGAACGCGCUGGCUCCCCUCAUAGCUCCGGGGGUUCCACGGUUUCGGUCGACGAGCCGGUUCCUCGGCACCUCUCCAACGACCAGUCCAUGCGAAUCAGGAUCCGGGAUGUAGCCAAGAGAUUCUUGGAGACGCACGACGUGGAGAAGCAUGACAAAACGAUGAAGAAGAAGGCGACCGAUUUCCUGACCGACCUCACCAAUCUUGCCGAUCAGAUCGGGGACUUUUACCUCAACCCAACUGAUGCCAAAGCCAAAGUCGACCCGGAGCAGGGUGCCGAGUUGUUUCAGAAGCUGGUCACUUACUUCGACGCCGAAGUUCUGGAGAGUGUCACCAGCGCCGAACUUCUUGCUUCCCGUCUCGUUUACGUUCUCCUCAACAUUUUCAGCAAUCCCGACGAGGAACUGGCCCACGCUGCGCAGGCGACGUUCCUUAAAAUCUUCAUGGGACACACGGUCAAGGCCAAGCCCAAGACGGCCACGGCAGACUCUCCCGCCACCCCGUUCAGCGUCUUGAUACACAAGCUGCAAGAUCUGCUCAGUAGGUCUGAGCAUUUCGAGGUGGUGACGGUCCACCAUAACUCGCUUGACCACCGCAGCAGUGCGGCAUCCAUGCUCGCCAAGCAGAUCCGUCUUCGCCUGGUCGCGGACGACGACUCUGAGAUCCCGCGACCGUACCGCAACAUUAUGGUGUCGAUUCAUGCCAUUGCGACAUUCAAGUCUCUUGACGACUAUCUGCGGCCUCGCAUCAGCCUUUCGGAACGUACGCGUGGGUCUCGACGAGCCGACGGACUGUCCCGAGCCCUGGCCGCUAUGGCUAGCCAUGGUGGGUUGCCUCCGUUGAGCCAGGCCGCGGCCGCUCGUCUGGCGGAACGGGCCGGACUUGCCGACGCUACCUCACCGGCUUCCGGCUCGAGCUCUGCCCCUCCCCCUCCCCCUCCCGGUGAUUCAUCAAGCGCUCCGGCCUCGAGGCCGUCUUCUCGCAAAACAAAAUCCAAGUCAACGCCUCGAGAUGGCGAUCCUUCGACGCCGGAUGCUUCCUCUAGCAGCCGGAACAAAGCAGUUCUGCGGAGGUCGGCUCGUCGUCAGGCGGCAACAUCGACUGAUACGCCGGCGUCAGCGGGCCCACCCGACGAGGACGACGACUUGCAAGAUGCGCUGGAGUGCGCCGACGAGAGGCAGUUGACAGACGACGAUGACAUUGGUGACGACGAUGACCUAGACGCGAUCGUCGGCGACCUCGACGAGGACAUGGACGAAUCUCCCGGCCCAGAUCCCGGUGCUGUCAAUCUUGAAGUGGCAGCGGGAGGCAAGGUAACCGCUCGGGCGGAAGAUGGCACGCGCGUUCCCACGCCAUCGCAAGGUAGCAGCAAUCAGGGCCAGGGUCUGGGUCUGCCUUCGCGCACUAGCGCACUCUUGGCCGCCGCCGUAUCGCAGCGCACUCCGUCGCCUGCGACGUCCUCCCGGCCCAUGUCAUAUGCUGCGGCGAUUCAGUCUGUGCCCCAGGAUUGGCACAUCGAAUUCACUCUGGACGGCAAGGCGAUCCCGAGCGAGACGACGAUCUAUCGAGCGGUGCACAUGUCUGCGUCCAACUCGGACGAGCACGUUAGCCGCAGCAUCUGGUCCGCGGUUCAUCCGAUCCGGUUCCGCCGGGCGCCGGGACCGCCUCCCCCUUCUCCAGAGGGCGGCUCGUCGUUUGGCACGGUUGCAGACACUAGUGCGGACAACGCGGAUGGGAUCCCUCCGUCCCUCGACAAGCACCGCAUCACUGCGUCGAUAUUGCGCCUGCUGAACAUCCUCCACGACUUGAACGCGAACGUGGACGACGUUUUCAUGGAGAACAAGGACACGGCCCGUCUCAACGUGGAGCCCCUCGCACAGUUUGUCAAUACCAAGCUCACUGCCAAGCUGAACCGACAGCUGGAGGAGCCUCUGGUGGUGGCGAGCAACUGCCUGCCGAGCUGGUCGGAGGACCUGGCGAGAUUGUAUCCCUUCUUGUUCCCGUUCGAGACGCGGCAUCUGUUUCUGCAGUCGACGUCGUUCGGCUACGCACGGUCCAUGACGCGUUGGCAGAACGCGCAGUCGAACGACGACUCGCGACGUAACCACUACAACGACCGGCCCUUCCUGGGCCGGUUGCAGCGUCAGAAGGUGCGGAUCUCGCGGUCCAAGAUCCUUGAGUCGGCGUUGAAGGUUAUGGAACUUUACGGCGCGUCCCAGAGCAUCCUGGAGGUGGAGUAUUUCGAGGAGGUGGGGACGGGACUCGGCCCCACGCUCGAGUUCUACUCGACGGUCUCCAAGGAGUUUUCCAAGAAGAAGCUCAAGUUGUGGCGCGAAGUGGACUCGAACGAGUCGGACGAGUACAUCUCCGGGGCGACCGGGCUGUUCCCCCGGCCCAUGAGCGACGAAGAAGCGGCGGGGCCCAAUUGGGAGCGGUAUCUGACGCUGUUCAAGAUGCUGGGCAAGUUUGUUGCUCGUUCGAUGAUCGACUCGCGCAUCAUCGACCUCAACUUCAACCCGAUUUUCUUCCGCAUCGGCGACGCUUCGUCGAAAUCCGGGGUCAAGCCGUCCCUCGGGGCUGUCAAGGUAGUCGACCCGGGGCUGGCGCAAUCCCUCAAGACGAUCAAGAAGUUCUCUCUGGCGAAGAAGAAGAUCGACGAGGAUCCGUCGCGGACGCCCGCACAGAAGGUGGCCGACACGGAAGCCGUUGUGGUCGACGAUGUACGCAUCGAGGACCUCUGCCUCGACUUUACGGUCCCGGGCUAUCCCGAGAUCGAGUUGGUCCCGAACGGUUCCCGGGUCAAGCUCACGAUGGAUAACGUCGACUUGUAUCUCGACCGGGUCAUCGACAUGACGCUGGGGAGUGGUGUGCGGCGGCAGGUGGACGCUUUCCGAAGCGGGUUCUCUCAGGUGUUCCCGUACUCGGCCUUGAGCGCCUUUACGCCGGACGAGCUGGUGUCACUGUUCGGCCGGGUGGAAGAGGACUGGUCUCUGGAGACACUUAUGGACUCGAUUAAAGCGGACCACGGCUUCAACAUGGAUAGCAAGAGCGUCAGGAAUCUGCUCCAGAUUAUGAGCGAGAUGACGCCUCGGGAACGUCGCGACUUUUUGCAGUUCACCACUGGUAGUCCCAAGCUCCCCAUUGGAGGCUUCAAGAGCUUGACGCCCAUGUUCACCGUCGUGUGCAAACCCAGCGAAGCACCGUACACGUCCGACGAUUAUCUCCCCAGUGUCAUGACAUGCGUCAACUACCUGAAAUUGCCUGACUAUUCCAGCAUCGAAACCAUGCGCAAGCAACUCGCCACGGCAAUCAAGGAGGGUCAGGGAGCCUUCCAUCUGUCGUAA